GGUUCAGACCAGGGUCCGUUUAAAACCGGACCGUUUUAGACUAAACCGGACCAGGUUCGACAGCCCGGGUCUGUCAGAAAUAAAACCCGAGUCAGAUCCGGACUAAUUACAACCAGGUUUUAAUUCGGUUUGAAGUUCAUUGACCAAAACACUGACCAGAAGGACGUGUGUAGUUGGAGCUGAACUCAGUUUGUUUUGAGAUUUCACUUGUUUUAGACUCAAACUGAGUCAAACCCGGGUUUAGUCCACAAAUAAGAAUAAGAAAUGAACUAAACCGUGUCAGAGGAUCAGCUUCAGACCAGACCUGAACCUGGGAUCCACCAGGACCAGGACCAGGACGAACCUGAAGAGGAACCAGAUCAUUCAGCAGUGUGAUGUAAAGCGAUGCUCUCUCGGCCAUCAUGGCCAGUGUCACUCUGCGGUACUUCUGCUAUGGCUGCCUCGUCACCUCGGCCACCUGGUCCGUCCUCCUCUUCCUCUACUUCUCUCUGGGGCCGGAUCCCGGCCGUGGGCGGAUCCCCCUGCAGCACCGCAGCCAGCCAAUCACAAAGGGCGUGGCCGACCGGAAGGCGGGGCGUCGGCCUCUGCCUCUGCCGGCCCAUAAGGGGGUGGAGCUAUCCCCAGAGAUGGGUAUGAUCUUCAACGAGGCGGAUCAGGAGGUCCGAGACACCGGGUACCAUCGACACGCCUUCAACGUCCUCAUCUCCAACAGACUGGGAUCCCACAGAGAGCUGCCCGACACCAGAGACGCCCAGUGUCGUGAUAAGGCAUAUCCAGCGGUUCUACCUUCUGCCAGCGUAGUCAUCUGUUUUUUCAAUGAGGCGUUCUCCGCCCUGUUGAGGACCAUCCACAGUGUGUUGGACCGAACGCCCACCUACCUGCUGCACGAGAUCAUCCUGGUGGACGACCACAGCGAGCUCGAUGAGCUGAAGGAUGACUUGGAACGCUACGUCCACGACGAGCUGCAGGGGAAGGUCAAACUGGUGAGGAACGACAAGAGGGAAGGACUCAUCAGAGGACGCAUGAUAGGAGCCUCGCACGCCACCGGUGAGGUGCUGGUCUUUCUGGACAGCCACUGUGAGGUGAACCAGGCGUGGCUGCAGCCUCUUCUGGCGCCCAUCCAGAAGGACCGUCGGACCGUCGUCUGUCCCGUCAUCGACAUUAUCUCGGCGGACACGUUGGCCUACUCACCCUCGCCAAUUGUCCGUGGGGGGUUCAACUGGGGUCUGCACUUCAAGUGGGACCCAGUUCCCCCCGCCGAGCUCAGCGGACCCGAAGGAGCCGCCGGACCAAUCAGAUCUCCCACCAUGGCAGGGGGCCUGUUCGCCAUGAACAGGAAGUACUUCAAUGAACUGGGCCAAUACGAUGCUGGCAUGGACAUCUGGGGCGGAGAAAACCUGGAGAUCUCCUUCAGGAUCUGGAUGUGUGGCGGUCAGCUGAUCAUCGUUCCCUGCUCCAGAGUUGGUCACAUCUUCAGGAAGCGGCGUCCAUAUGGGUCACCUGGAGGACAGGACACCAUGGCCCACAAUUCACUGCGGCUGGCGCACGUCUGGAUGGACGAGUACAAGGAGCAGUACCUGUCUCUGCGUCCGGAGCUUCGUGGACGUGGUUUUGGGGACAUCAGUGAGCGUUUGUCUCUCAGGAAGCGUCUUCAGUGUCAGUCCUUUAAAUGGUACCUGGACACCGUUUACCCCGAGAUGCAGACGGUCGCCAAUGGCAACAAGCAGCAGCCACUGUUCAUCAACAAAGGACUGAGACGACCCAAAGUCCUGCAGAGAGGACGGCUUCGUAACCUAGCAACAGGCCGUUGUCUGGUGGCUCAGGGUCGGGCCAGUCAGAAGGGCGGGGCCGUCGUCCUCAGACCAUGUGACCCCAGAGACCCUGAACAGGACUGGGCCUACGACGAGGAGGGUCAGCUGGUCUUGGCCGGUCUGCUGUGUCUGGAUGUGUCCGAGAUCAGGACGUUCGACCCCCCCAGGCUGAUGAAGUGCCACGGCUCAGGGGGGUCGCAGCAGUGGAGUCUGGGGAGGUCCAAUCGUCUCUACCAGGUCUCUGUCGGUCAGUGUCUCGCCGUCGCUCAGCCCAUCGGGCCCAAAGGCUACGUUGCCAUGGCGAUCUGUGACGCCUCGGAGACGCAGCAGUGGCAGCUGGAGGGCUGAUGACGCCGCGGCGAUGUGAUGACAUCACAGAGACAAUCAGCUCAGGACGGUUUCCUGCCCUGGAGGGCGUGAACCUGAGGUUAAAUGUGAUUCUGUUAAUGUUUACAAUCAGACUGAACAUCAUCAUCAUCACUUCUACAGGACACAUGUGGUGACCUUUGACCCCCUCAGUGACAGUAUUACGGUUUUUAAAGCUUGUGUUUGUGUUGUUUUAUCAUCAAUAAAUCUUUAACGAUAAUGACAU